UAAGAUAAAAAGAUUUUGCACAAUGAUAAUUUUGAAUCCUAUGAAAUGGAAAACGAGAACACUAGCCUAUGGUGGUCUGGGUUUAUUUGUAUUUUACCUAUUUUUCAUUCACAAGUGGAAUCACCAAUUCGUUUAUCAAGCAACAGUGAAAAAUGCCAAUCCUAAACAUGUCUGGGAAUUUGUUGCUGAUUUCAGCAAUAUGAUGAAACUCAAUCCUACUUUAGAAGAAUUUAAUGUGAUUGACGAAUCUGGUAAUUAUGAUCACUGGAAAUACUCAGUGCAAUAUACAGAACAUCUUAGUCACCUUCCUUACAUAAAAAACAUUGCUCAUGGACAUUUUUCAAUAAAACCAAAAGCAAAGGGAUACGCUAUUGAAUCCAUACAUCACACGUGUUUUUUCAUAGGAAUGAGUUGUUUAACUUCAGAUUCAGAAUUCAUAUUUGAACCAUUAGGAAAGGACACCAAAUGUAUAGAAAAAAUACAAUAUCAGUGUCCUUUAGUGUUUUCAAGUUUCUGUCGUCGAGAAGUUCUAUAUCAAAGACAAGAAAUUAUGAAAAAUUUACAGAAUCAUUUUUCGACGUCUCGCCGUUGAAAUUUUUGCAUUUUGAGUGAUUAAUGGGUCUGACAUACUCAAUAGCGAGAAGUACUAGCUUAUACCUACCUGUGACUAAAUCGUUUC